CCUUAUGUCUCCAUACGGGUGAAUGAGUGUGUGUGUAUUUAAGAACAGGGGUUGUUGCACAAGUCCCAAAAAAUAAGCAUACAGGAGUGAGUCAAAAUAGGAAAGCUGGCAUAGUUUAACUCUAAUUAGGCUACGUUUACUAUUUUUCCAAAUUGAUCUCAACUUGAACAUUGGAAAUGGAGACUCAGGUCGCAACCGGUUCCAUUGCCAACCCUGUUCAAUUUCGGGACCAGGACUAUGUAGCCCUCCUAGAUGCGUGCGUUAAAUCCGGUUUGCUGUUCUCUGACUCAACCUUCGCCCCGGACCAGAGCUCAAUCGGUAUGCCUACCGACCCGGAUCCCAAAAAGGAGAUCAAGUGGCUGCGACCCAAGGAAUGUUUGGUGAUCAUCUAGGGAUGCCUUGAAGAUGGAAAAGUCGAUCGUGAUCGACCGAUUGGUGACAACUGGGCUACAUCAGGGUCCCCCCCCCCCAGCUAUGCAGUGCUAGGGAAGAAAAAAAAGUGCACCCGGGGGGGGGCCCAGGACAGAGUUUGGGGAACCCUGGUCUACAUGAUAGCCAGCCAUGUGGUCACUCUCAAAAACAUACUUCUAAAUUGCAAUAGUCAAAUUUCUUAGUCAUGCUUAUUUUAUGGAUAUCUGUAGCCUAUGUUAUCAUAUUUACAUUGACAUUAUGAAUUGAGGUUGAUGAGGAUAUGAGUAGCUCUAGUUGUGUACAAUUGGGUGAUGCUCCUGGACAGAUGUAGGCUACACCAGAGCUGACUCACUGUCAGGUGUGGUCUAGUUCUGAGGGAGAUAGAUUGAUCUGCUGGAGCGUAUUCAGAGAGAGAAGAGAGCGAAUUGACAGAACGGAGAAUGUUGAGAGAGAGAAAAGAAAGAGAACUUACAGAGUUUGUGCCAAACAGCUGGACAGGAAAUCACUAAAAGCAGAAAAGACAUGGAAAGAGGAGAACAACCGAAGAAGCCAUGGAACGUCUGUGAUGCAGUUGAAAUCAGGAACAUUGCUUUGUCAUCAUCCAGUCAACUGUUAUGUGAAUGAAACAAAGAGUUACACAUUCCCUCAGACAGUGUAAACUGUAGCCUUGAACUCUGCCCUGUGUCUCUCUCUCUCUCUGCAGGAGAUCAGUGCCAAUGCUGUGUUUGUGGAGGACACAACCUGCACCACCGAUAUCUGCCAGGGCCAGCUGGGUGACUGUUGGCUUCUGGCUGCCCUGUCCUGCCUUACCAUGCACCCCAAUCUCUUUGUCAAAGUGGUACCACCUAAUCAGAGCCUGACAGAAUCCUAUGCUGGCAUCUUCCACUUCACGUUCUGGCAGUAUGGUGAGUGGGUGGAGGUGGUAGUGGAUGACAGGCUGCCUGUACGCGGAGGCCGCCUGCUCUUCAGCUACUCCUGUACCCGCAACGAGUACUGGAGCGCCCUGGUGGAGAAAGCCUAUGCCAAGCUGAUCGGGUCAUAUGGCAGUCUGAAGGGGGGUAAUAUCUCUGAGGCGAUGGAGGACUUCACAGGGGGCAUAGCCUACUCCCUCCCUGUAUCCUCACGCACCCCCAGGAUCAUGUGGAAAGCCCUCUCUGAUGCCCUGUCCCGUGGCAGCCUGCUCAGCUGCUUCAUACAGGCUAGUAACUAUCUUGAGAUAGGCACAGUAACUGCAGAGGGACUGGUGAAGGGCCAUGCCUACGCCAUCACAGACACUGACACGGUGAAGAAGUCAGCUGGUGAGGCCUUGUUGCUGAGGCUGAGGAACCCCUGGGGCUUUGUGGAGUACUCUGGACCCUGGAGUGACAAGAGUAAAGACUGGGAUGAUGUGAAUGCUGCUGAAAAGAAAAGGAUUGAGCUGAAAAAUAGUGAGGACGGAGAGUUCUGGAUCAGUGCGGAGGACUUCAGCAAGCUGUUUGGCACAGUGGAGCUGUGCAGUGUGGACCCUGACCCCAUAGUGGACGAGGACACACCCACCGACCCCGACUCCCCUGCCGCCCCCAUCUCUUCCUGGACCCUCAGCUCCCAUAAAGGCUCCUGGGUAUCGGGCUCCACUGCAGGGGGAAGCUGUACUUACCCUCGAUCCUUCUGGAAGAAUCCCCAGUUCCAGCUUGUCCUUGCCGAGCAUGAUGACGAUCAUGCGAUGACUCCGGAGGAGAAGAAGGUGGCCGAGAAUCAGAAGGAGAAAGCGAAGCAGUGCACCGUGUUGGUGGAACUACUGCAGAAAAACCGGAGAAAGAAGGACAAAGUCAACUUCCUCCACAUCGCCUUCCACAUCUACAGGGUUCCUCCAAAGCUCCAGGGCCUGUGUCUGGACCAGAGCUUCUUCUCUUCCCAGCAGCCUGUGGGGAGUUCUGGGAAGUACCAGCCCCUGAGGGCUGUGUGGAGGGAGGUGAGGCUGGACCCGGGAAACUAUGUGAUUCUGGCAUCCACCUACAGUCCCAACCAGCCUGCGGAAUUCUUCCUCCGCGUCUAUUCCAAGACCGGCAACAAUCUGGGGACCAAAGAUUUCACCUGCUCCACUGGCUUCAUCAUGGUAAUGUCAAUGCCACCAGUGUUGCCAGAGGAUCGCAAGAGAGUACAGAAGACCUUUGAUGAGAUGGCGGGGCCUGACGACAAGCUGAAUGCUAAGGAGUUCAUGAAGCUGGUUAACUCAGUUUUGGAGAAAGACUACCAGCUGCCACUGGAGACAUGCAGACAGCUCAUCUUUGGAGAGGAUACUGGGGGGCGUAGCAGUCUGACCCGAGAGCAGACAGAGCCUGUGCUGGCCUCUCUUCGCAGUCUGCAGUCCAUCUUCUUCAAGUUUGAUCAGGACUCUUCAGGGACCAUGAGCCCCUUUGAGCUUAGUCUGGCCCUCCAGGCUGCAGGGGUGCAGUGUGAUGGCCAGGUCAUACAGGUGCUGUGGGAGAGGUUUGGCUCUGGGGAGCCGCAUCUGCCUUUCCAUGGCUUUGUGGCCUGUGUCACCAGGCUGCGCAAGCUAUUCGGUAUGUCAACACACACGCAACGCACACAGCGAGGCGUGUUAUGUUUUGUUGUCGGUUACGAUGUUCUGCUGCAAUAUUGUGUGUGUUUGUGUCCCCUCUACCCAGCCCUGUAUAAAUCAGAGAGCAACCCAGAGGUCAAAGAUGUGGGAAUCAAUGCCUGGCUGCUCCGACUCCUGAUCGUGUGAGUGUGCUCUGCAAACGGGGUCUCCGCGUGGGCACUGCAGGGGCAUUCUGUCUGACCAGGACCAUAUGAUAACAUCAUGCUUCUGGCGGCGUCCUCGUCCACACACACACACACACACACACACACACACACACACACACACACACACACACACACACACACACACACACACACACACACACACACACACACACACACACACACACACAAUCCCUGAACUUUGUCACCAUACUAUACACCAGUGCCAUAUUGUCCUAUAGUGCUUUACAUUCAUUUACAUGGAUAGUACCUCUGGAGUUAGUCACUACUAAUGUAUUUGAUGUGUACACAGAUAUGAAUCUGUAAAUGUUCAUUUGUUUCAGCUAUUUCCGCAAAGUAAUUGAGUCAAGUAUUUUCAGUUUUACAGCCAAGUAUUUCUUAAAACUCAAAUAAUGAGGUGGUAUUGCCCAACAGCUGAAAUAGUGAAAAUGUAUUUGAAGCUCUGGAAAUUCAAAUGAAAAACGCAAUAAUGAAAUGUAUCCGAAAAUAAAUCUUUGCAAACAUGAA